AUAAGAAGAAGAAGAAGAAGAAGAAGGCGUAUUAGGAGGAGAAGGAGAAGGCAGAAGGAGAAGAAGACCGCCAUAGCCAGAAUUCCACCAUGGCGAUGGGGAUGACGAGAGCGGAGAGACGUGCCAUGGAGAGAAAGGAGAAGAAAGAUGAUAUCAUAGAGGGAGAAUCGGACGGAGAAGAGAGGAUUCCGUUGUCAGCGGGCGGUCUAUAUCUCGUGAAUCAAGCCACAGUCUCCGUGCAGAUUCAUCGCGUUGACCCCUCAAGCAAAUCCAUAGAUGAAUGGACUCUUAAGGAGACGUUGCGCAAUCUGAUCUCCCGUGAAGCGUCGCUAACUGGUCAUCAGUUUCAAUUGACGACGAUGGAGAAAAGCGCGGGAAACUCUUCGCUCUCGUAUUCCCAAAGCGUCAGCAGCAGGGGGAACAAAAAAAGCGCGGGAAUGGAGAAAUUUGGCGGGAAGAUUCGUGGUGAUGGCGUGUCGUCGACGAAGAAAAGAGAUAGAGAGGAAACACGUGGCAGCACAGGACUCGUUCGAAAAUUGGCGGGAAGAUCUGUAAUGGCGCGCUUCCUCGUCCGUGUAGUGUGUACCAAUGCGGAAACGGCGGGAGCGAAGGUGGUGGACAAAUUGAACGGUCUGGAGUUGAGCUUGGGCGGCAUGCGGCUUGUGUGCGACGCGCAGUCGGAGGAUGUCGCACUAGAGGAGAUGCGAAAGGAAUGGGAGGCCAAGUAUGGACCUAGCGAGACCGGGUAUAGGUCGAGGCGACAGGGUGAGAGACCAGAUACGUUGGUGAUUCGUGGGUUGCCAUGCAGAUGGUUGGUGGAGCCUCGAGUUUCCUCAAAGCCGUCCGUUCUGGUCACACACACCAUCUUCUCGAGCUUUGGAACCAUUCGGAACUUGGAAUUCUUGAACAGUGAAGAGCCGGCACAAGGAAGCGGACCGAGUUCAUCGGAUUUCGGAGCGGUGCCAUUCAUGACCGGCUUGGAAUGCGGCGUUAUUAUCCAGUACGAGGAUCAUGCGACAUUCUGCAAGGCACUUGCAGCGAUGUGCGGGAGAGCUAUGAAAAAGUCCGGAUCCAGUUUGUGUGUAUAUUACAAAGUCCAUUGGGAUUCCGACGAGUACUUCAGUGAGAAGUCCGUGCGAAGAAGGAAGUUUGAGAAAGACCGUCUAGAGGAGAUGGAACGGAGAAAAGCAGCAGAGGAGAAACGGAGAGCAGCCAUCGAGGACAGGAAGGCUGAACUGAGGCGUCUGGAGGAGGAGAAGAAGGAAGAGGAGGAAAAAGAGAGGCUGAAGAGGUGUGCGUGGCGUCGGUGUCAAUUUCCUAAAGCGGAAAACCGUGGAACUUUGUUCUGUUGCAAUUCAGAGAGGAGGCUGAGAGAAAACAACGUGAGGAAGAGGCGGCAAGGGUAGCUGAAGAGAAGCGGCGAGAAGAGGAGGAGCGAUUGCGGCGAGAGGAAGAAGAGCGGCGUGUAGAAGAAGAGAGAAAGCAGCGUGAGGAAGCAGCCAAGGUAAGAAAAAUAUGGCAAGCUGCUGGCUGCGACAAAGAAGUGCGAUCUGGAGAUCAUAAUAUUUUAAAAACAAAGUAAAAAAAAAAGUGGAUACACUGCUGCCUUUUGGUAUAUGAUAAUAUGAGCAAAAACAAAUGCCGGUGAAUUUU